AUGCUUGAAGCUGCGCAGACGUUCGGCACUUCCAGGACGAUGUCGAAGCUGCUGGUACUACUGACAACACACUGGAACAACCCGUCGUUCUCGCUGUUUAUAAAAAGUGCAUUUCCCAUGAGGCAACAAAACGCACUACCAACUGAAGAUGGACUGCUGAAAAACCUCAGCGGUCGAAGAAAUAACCUCGCGAGAAACCCAAGAGCGCGCCGUUUCUCGUCCUGGGCGCCAAACCGCUUCCGCGCAGACUAA